UUUUUUUUUUUUUUUUUUACCCACUCCAUCCUUCCGGACAUAUCACCGGGCACCCUCUCCAUCUGCCAUCUUAUCUUCCUUGGAAACCCGCCUGUACUGUCAGUGACCUCCUCGCCGCAUCUUAUCGCAAUACUGCUCAACGAAACGUUGCGCAUCAAUUCGAUCGGAACCCGUGCUUAAUACCCUUGCCGUCAACAAGUAAGGGUUCGGGAUGGGCUCGGCUGCACGUUACCGACCCAUGUCUCCAAGUGGUUCGCGUAUGAUGGAUCCCAUGCGAGCUUCCACCGGCACGGUGCAGCUCAGCUCCUCUUACGAUGCGCCUACCAGCCGCCAUGGAUAUCCGAGUUACCCUUCCGAUGUCCCUUAUAUGAACGCCUACGAGCCCCGGCUGGCAAGAGAACCGAGGUUGGAAGCCCAACCGGUGUCGUCCAAGGCCUAUCGUGACUCCGGUCACUCUACCAAGUUGAGAACUGAGUACGCUAUUCGUCCGAGACAACGCAGCAGCACCACCUCCGUCGCAGACAUCCACUACACUCCGGCCAGGCUGGAUGCGCCCGUCUCGAGAACCUCUCCGGUAGUCAUGUCCGAUUAUCGCCGUUCUCCCAGCCCUCUUCACACUCAGGAUCGCUAUCUGGUCCCCGCGUCUUCUCCCCGACAGCAUCGACGUCAUCCCCUCUCGCAUACGGAUUAUGCUAGCGAUACUGGGCGGUUGGACCCGAACGAACGGGCGAUCAGAGCUCGAAUGGCUCACGGUGCCUAUCGUGGCUAUGAACCGAAUGACAGAUGGCGAUAUCCACCCACUGGAGGCCUUCGAAAGGGCGAGGAUAUCGAUGAUUAUGACGCCUACUCCUAUACCAACCCUCGUGAGCAGUUUGAAAAGGAUUCCGCUGCGAGGCUGCGUCACGACCGGCCCGCAUACCGCAGGGAUCGACCCUUGAGUCUGACUGGGAUUGACGAUCCUCAAUUGCUUCCCAGGAAAGAGCCUCGGGCCCUGGGACCCCCUCCCUCUCAAAGAGGGUUCGACAAACUUGCUCCCGAUAGGCGCAUUCGACACUCUGCCCAGAGCUCUGUUGGCAGCGACGUUGAACUGUCGAGGCCACGCCGACGGUCGCGCCACCGAGCCCCGGUCUCCUUGCACCAGGAACAUGAUGAAGGAUACUCUUCUUACAGAGAUGAUUACGAGGAAGGUCACCGCCGUCACCGCCGUCAUAGAAGACCGGACGACGAUCGAAGCAGCCGUCAAUCAUAUGAUGACCAUUCGCCCCGGGUUCCUUCCAGCAAAGAUUCGGCGGUUUCGGGGGCCGGGACUGGCCUGGGAACGGCAGUCCUGGCCAGUGGAUAUUCAGACGACUUUGACUAUGAUCCCUCCCCGCGGACUGACCGCCAUCCUCGUGAGAUUGAUGACCGGGCGCACAGGCGUCGCAGUCGAUCUCGCAGACCGUCUCGGCGCCGCGUGGAGACCGAUUCGGAUGCGUACUCGUCCGAUGAAGACCUGAAAAAAUACCGGCGAGAGCCAUCGGCGCGUCGAAAGCCAAGUUCAGAAACCUCGGGCAGUAGUAGUGACCGACAUUCGCCGUACUUGACGGUCGACCAUCCGCGACGACGACGAUCGCAUUCGCGUCAUCGCAAACUGGAAGCUCCUUCCGCACACGAAUCUAGCUCCAAAGAGUUUCCCGGCCGCCAGGAUGAUCCCAAGAGGCCUGAAUCUACGACGUCGAAGGAAACAGACGCUCCGCCCAAGGGAAUACUAAAACGUCCCAAGGAGAAAUUCCCUGAAGAGCCUAAUCCGGUCAGAGAAGGUGUAGCGCCCUUGAAAGACGCCCACAAGAAGGGAAUCCCUCCUGGUGCCCGAUGGACCAAGGUUGAUCGUCGGUUGGUCAACCCUGCAGCUUUGGAAGCGGGACAAGAACGAUUUGAAGAACGAUCGGACUAUGUCAUUGUCUUACGCGUCUUGAGUAAAGAAGAAAUUCAGGCGUAUGCGGUCAAGACCCAGGAGAUUCGCGAUGCCCGUUACCACGAGUAUGUCCGUGAGCGCCGCCAGCGUCGUGAGGAGGAUCGCCGACGAGGGCGCAAAGUGGAUGAUUUCUCUAGUGACGACGAAGAGGACGAUGCCGAUUCUCCGUUAGCUAUCGAGGGCCCGGCUGAGCCGAAAUCUACCUCUCGAGCAUCAAACACGGGAGUAGAGCCCGCCAAAGCGGCGGCAUGAGCCAUGAUGUGUGAAUUAUUACCCAUGUUAUUAUUAUUUGCUUUUUGCUUUUUUUCUCUUUUUCCUUUCUUUUCUUUUCUGUCUUUCUCUUUCUCUACUGUGUCAGUGACUCAGUACUAUCCUGUACAUGUGAUACCCCACAAACAAUGAGGUCAAUCGUCAGGAAAGAGCCAGUUGAAUGUAUGUACAAUCAGGGGGGGAGCAGAUGACUUUGGGGCGGGAAUACCCAGAUGCGUUGUUGAUAUCGAUAUCCAAUUGAGCAAUGAACCACUUCAGCAAACAAUGGCUG